AGCAUAAUAAAAUUAUUCGAAUUAUUUGAACAACGAACUUAAUAUAAUUCAGAAAUCAAAUAAAUCACCAUAUUGCUAUAGAAAUAUAAUUUCUUUCUUAGAAACAUAUAAACAUAUUCAUUGACAAAAACCACAGAUAAGAACAAGAAAAUGUUUCUUUAAUAUAGAUUUUGCUUUAGCUUUAAUUGAGCCUGAGAUAUUAUAAAAACUUAUUUUUUUUACGUUUACUCAUCCUAGAAUCAAGAUACCGAGAACAGUGUCAAAACGUAAUAAUUUCAGUUAUAACACUAUUCUUAUACAUUUACGUGCUCACACGCUGUUUUCAAUAAUGAAUAAUAUAAAUAAGCACUAAUUAAAUCGUAUAAUGUUGAUAGGAUUGUGCUGACUUUCAUAUUUUAUUCAGCAAAAGAAGCGUGUUAGACGUGACUAUAUUUGAUAUAUGAGAUACAUCGGAUUUAUGUUAGAAGGUGUAAUGGUAAUAUUCGCCGUCGACGCCAUCUCAGUCACUCACCUAAUUUCAGUGUUUCACUAUCCGCGUCGGCAUUAUUUUACAUUAUGAUAAAGAUUAUAGUAAUAUUUGCAACUGUCAACAGCUUGGUAUAUGGCGACGUUAAUACAGCUUUAUCGUGUGCAAAGAUUAAUGUUAAAGAAUGUCAAGGUAUCGGCUAUAACUACACUACGUUAUCCAGCCGCAGAGACAUAUCCAGACAGAAGUCUUUCUCAGAUAUUAUGACGAAUGUUCAUCCGUACGUAAGAUCAGAGUGCUCUCCACAAUUUGACUUCCUUUUGUGCACUGCCUACUUCCCCAUGUGUAUCGAUGGUAAACCACCCAUCGGCCCAUGCAGGGCUUUCUGUCAGAAGGUUAGAGAUGACUGCGAGGUUGUCCUGAAACUGUCGGGACACAAAUGGCCAGAAGAUUUGGACUGCUCGCGAUUUUAUGGGGAAAAUGAUCAUAUGAAUUUGUGCAUUGUGUCAAAUAAGUUUUGUGUAGUGUAAUAAAGUUGGCUGUGAUUUGAAAUCUUGUU